UCGGGUUUUUGUCUUUCACUUUUUCUUGUUCUUCUUCUUUCUCUUCUUAUCUCAUUUUCACAUAAUCGUUAUUUCUUCACACCGCAAAAAUCACCAACCCAAAUUUGAAUGAGUCAAGUUCGCUUCUGAACCCGUUAUUUGACGAUGAAUCUGGUUUUGAAGUUUUGAAGUGUAUUGUUUGAUUUUGAAUUUGAUUUGGAAGAGAAAGAAGUAGAAUUUAGGGUUAGGGUUUUUCUAUAAAGUAUUGGUCUUUAGCUUGAGAGUAUCUGGGAAAUUGGAUUGUUGCUGGGGUUUGGAUUGAGGGUUUGGGUAAGAGGAUAAUGUGUAUACUGUGUGUCAUUCAGAAGUGUUCUCGCCGGGUUGCUACAAUGCUGCCUUGGUUGGUUAUUCCUUUGAUUGGUUUAUGGGCACUUUCUCAACUUCUGCCACCGGCUUUUAGGUUUGAGAUUACUUCACCGAGACUGGCUUGUGUUUUUGUGUUGUUGGUUACUCUGUUUUGGUAUGAGAUUUUGAUGCCUCAGCUGUCGGCUUGGCGGGUGAGGAGGAAUGCUAGGCUUAGGGAGAGGAAGAGGUUUGAAGCUAUUGAAAUGCAGAAACUGAGGAAGACGGCUACGAGGAGGUGUCGUAACUGCUUGAAUCCGUAUAGAGAUCAGAAUCCUGGUGGGAGUCGGUUUAUGUGUUCGUAUUGUGGGCAUGUAUCGAAGAGACCGGUUUUGGACUUGCCUGGGUCGCAAGAGUUGCAGAUUUCGAAUUCUGGUAUUGUUAAGGAUUUGGUUGGAAAAAAUGGGUGGAUGUGCAGUCAGGACUGGUUAGAGAAUGGCAAUUGGGCUGGUGGUUCCGUUCGAGGUAAUGCUAUCAACUGGAGGAUGAAUGGGAAUGGAAGUAUUUUUGGAGAUGAGCAUUGUUUGACAACUAGGUCAUAUUCUGGUAUUUUGGUGUUUGUUUGCAGGCUUUUGGCAUCUUUUUUCUUGACCAUUAGAUGGCUUUGGCGAAAGAUUUUUAGAAUUAGUUCAAGGGAAGAAUAUUUGUCUGAUGCUGAACGCAGGGCACUCUUGGCAAAAAGGGGUGAGAAUGGGGAAAAUUUGAAUGAAAGUAGAGGAGAAAAAGCACGGAGGAAAGCCGAAGAGAAAAGACAGGCUAGGCUAGAGAGAGAACUUUUGGAGGAGGAAGAGAGAAAACAGAGGGAAGAGGUUGCAAAGUUAGUGGAGGAGCGUAGGAGGCUGAGAGAUGAGACAAUAGAAGCUGAAAAAGAUAACAGCAAAUUAUCACAUACCAGUAAGGAGAAAGACCGAAGGAAGGAAGCUGAAAAGAAGCGUCAGGAAAGAAGAAAAGAGAAAGAUAAAGGGUCUAGUAAGAGCAAUUCUGAUGUAGAAGAAUUGGAUAAAAGAGCUACCAAAGAAAGUGAACGAAAGCGGGACUUUGACAAAAAGACUGAAACUGAUCAUAGAGUGCAUCAGAAAUCUGGAUUAGAGAGUGGCAAAGGACAGAGUACAGAUACUGCACAUAGUAAAAAUUUGGUUGCAAAUAGUUAUAACCAAGGAAGUACUGGGACAAGGUACCUUGAUCGCAUGCGUGGUACAAUUUUGUCUUCUUCAAAAGCACUUGGUUUUGGAAAGGGUGCUAAUAUUCCUGCCACUGUGGUGAAAGAAAGCAAGUCUAACAAAUCUGUAGAUCAUGCUCAUGCUGCUGCCAGCAAGAGAGAUAUACUUCUUCCUGAACGUCCAGCUGCUAAAUCCAAUUUGAAUGGAGAUGAUAAGAAUAUCAGUCAUUCUGUUCUGCCAGAACCAAAGCCAUGGACUGCACCUAAAAAGUCAUGGCAGCAAUUAUUUACUCGUUCCUCAUCUGUUCCUAAAUCCUCAAAUUCAAAUGUAAUAUGUAGACCGAAUUCUAAAAUUCAAGUUGAAGCCAAAAGCCCUCAAUUAUCUGGCCAGUCACCAGUCACACAAUCAUUUAACAAUCCAAUUCAGUUUGGUCUACCAUCACCGUUUAAUAUUUCUACUAAUCUUAAUGGUUCAACUAGUUGUAGUCUAGGUUUCUCUCCUGCAAUUGAACCUGUAUUCCCUCCUGUUGUAAAUACAUCACAUGACUUUAGGCAUGAAGAGCAAGAGCUUUUUGAAGACCCCUGUUAUGUCCCACAUCCAUCAUCCUUGCUUGGUCCUGUUUAUGAGUCACUUGAUAAUUUUCCGUUGGAUUUGGGAAGUGGCUUUAUAAAAGACGCAGAAGUAAUAAAGCCCCGCUCUUUAAGAAACACAUCUGGUACUGACGUCAAUAAGCCAUCUCCAAUUGAGUCCCCAUUGACCCGAGAAAAGAAUAAUGGUUCUAAUAGAUUUACUAGUAACCCCCUAGCCCAAGGUAUACAUCCAUUUCCUUUGGAUGAUGCAGCUGCAAUUGAGAAGGGAACAUGGCAGAUGUGGAGUAGUUCACCUCUUGGUCCGGAAGGUUUAGGUUUUGUUGGUGGCCCAGGAAGUUGGCUUUCAUCCUCACAAAGGAACAUGCCAACCAAUGAUGACUUUAUCUUCCCAGCAUUUCAGAAGACUACAACUAAUGUUUUUAACAAAGAUGAUAACAUAGUUCCCAGUAGCUAUUCUGCCCAGAAUGUUUUUCAUCCUAAUGGUAAUAGUGAUGGGACCUUCAGUCCUGUUGCAGUUUCAAGAGGAUAUGAUCCUUGGUUACAAAACGGUCUCUUUCCACCUUUAUCUGGUGGCCUUAAACCUCAUGAGAUUUCUCAGAAUGAAAGGAUGUAUGGGAAUCCAAGCGGAUCUGCUAGCAGUAAUGUUCUGGAGUCUUCACCAGCUAACGGUUGGCCCAAAAAUGAAUGGAAUUUACAUGGUUCUGUGGAAGGCAUAGGGAAUUCAUCUGCUGCAAGGCCCCAUAAUGGCAGUCCACAAUAUCCAACAUCAGAUGUACAUUCAUUAUGGUCAUCUGAUUAGAAAGAUGGUAGUGACAGGGUAAGAGGGACUUUAUAAACUCAACUUUUCUCAAGGCCAAUUCCAUUUUUUUGGGGGUUGGGGGAGUUUAGAAUACCGAAUGCAUUGCAUCUUCCUUUCUUGUUUAUGAAGGAAGAUUGAUGUUCACUUAUUGUCUAGCAUUGAUAGGAUUACAUGCACCUUGGUGCAUGGCUUUCUGAGGCAGGUUAAGGGAGGUGUCCCCCUUUUUGAUAUGAAAUUGUUCUUUAGAGAAUGGAAGUUCACAUUCCCUCCCUUGUCACUAUCUUCAAUUAUGACAUCUUAAUGAGAAAUAAGCUUAUUCUAACAUGAUCCGCUUUCAUUGAA